AUGUCGGCGACCGUGAUGAUGACGCGGAACGUUUUCGCGAGUGGUCGUCAUCGUGGGCCAGCAGUGGUCGGGAUGGUGCACGCCCUGGCCCUGCCCGGCACACCCCGCAGCUCGUGCACCAUCGACCGCAUCGUGGAGCAGGCCUGUGCCGAGGCCCGGACCUACAUGGCCCACGGCGUGGACGCGGUGCUCGUGGAGAACAUGCACGACACGCCGUAUGUGCAGCCCGGCAGUCGGAUGAUGGGGCCAGACACCGUGGCCUGCAUGACGCGCAUCUGCGCGGAAGUGCGCCGGGAAAUCGGCGACCGAGUGCCAGCUGGUGUCCAGGUGCUGGCCAGUGCCAAUCGCGAGGCCCUGGCUGUGGCCCUGGCUACAGGCUUCGACUUUGUGCGAGUCGAGAACUUUGUGUUUGCCCACGUGGCCGACGAAGGAUGGAUCGACGCCUGCGCCGGGCCCCUGCUUCGUGCCAAUCGCGAGGCCCUGGCUGUGGCCCUGGCUACAGGCUUCGACUUUGUGCGAGUCGAGAACUUUGUGUUUGCCCACGUGGCCGACGAAGGAUGGAUCGACGCCUGCGCCGGGCCCCUGCUACGCUACAGGAAGUCCAUCGGCGCAGAGUCCAUCCGAAUCUUCGCCGACAUCAAAAAGAAACACGCGUCGCACGCAGUGACUGGCGACACUUCGCUGGAGGACACGGCCCGGGCCGCGGAAUUCUUCGGCACCGACGGCCUCGUUCUCACGGGCAGGGCCACCGGGGAUCCCGCGGACGUCGACCAACUCCGACGUCUCAAAGCCGUCUCCCGGGUUCCAGUGCUCAUCGGAUCCGGGAUUGCCGCGACCAAUCUUCAUCAGUACGCACUUGCGGACGCCUUCAUUGUUGGCUCGGCUUUCAAGGCCGAGGGCCAGUGGCAGAACCCCAUUUGCGAGAAGAACCUGGGCGAUUUCAUGCGCAAACACCGAGACACUUUCAAAUCGUGCCAAUGA